GGUCCAAAUCCAGGCCGGGGGCGGUGUAGAGCUCUGCUCGCGGGGCUGCGGCGGGCGGCGAGGCCUGGCACCUGGCGGGGGGGUUUGACGUCCUGCCCUCCCCUCCCUGUUCUGACGGAGCAUCCUCCCCCUCAUGAGCGGGGCUGGGGGGUCGUGGCCUGUGACUGACCCGGCCUGGUGGAGCCAGUCUCCUUCCCCCCCCCGGGGGUUGGGCGGCGUCAGCUGGAUUUGCGGGACAAGGAAGAGCCGGGGAGGAAGGUCGUGGUCCGGCGCCGGGGCAGGGUGCGCGGGACCGAGGCCCCCCUAAACACGGGCAUGGGGAGGGCGGGUGUUGCCCACCUAGUGAACAUAAAAGCCCCCUCUUAAUUUGGGGGCCGUGAAGUGGACGUGGAGUGCUAACGGGGGGCAGCUGAGGAAGUGGGGGGGCCGAGGGAAGGUCAUCGCUCACAACAAGCACACUGAGAGUCAGAGGAAAGCAGCCCUGGAAGCGGGACGGCGCCGGGGGAAGUGUGAGCCGAGGCCUGCUGAGUACGACGACGUCUUCCUUAAGGAGGCCGCUGAGGAUGGAGCGGUUGAGUCCUUGGGACAAAUAAAAGACGCUCGGGGAGAGGGGCGAGGGUCAUGGUUUCAAAACCAGCGCGCCGGGGCGGGGACGCUGAGCAGCGCGCGCCAGACUGCUCGCUGGCCCUCGAACGAGUCCGCGGAGCCAGCGGGUGAAAGCCCACCUAGUACGAGUGACAGGAUACCGGGCAGGACAGGCCAGCCGAUGGCGGGUCGUACGGAGAUGGAGGCAGGAUCCGUGCAACCCACGGCUGCUCCUGAUACAGAGGAGGCAUCUCCGCAUUCUUUACUUGACAUUUGCUUAAAUUUCCUGACUGCCAACCUUGAGAAGUUCUGUGCAGAAAGACAAGAUGGAACGUUAUGCCUGCAGGAGCCUGGAAUUUUUCCUCAAGAAGUGGCUGAUCGACUACUGCAGACUAUGGCAUUUAAUGGGCUGCUAAACGAUGGGACUGUUGGGAUUUUUCGAGGCAACCAGAUGCGCUUGAAACGAGCUUGUAUCCGCAAAGCAAAAAUCUCAGCGGUGGCUUUCCGGAAAGCAUUCUGCCAUCACAAGCUAGUAGAACUUGAUGCCACGGGGGUAAAUGCAGACAUUACAAUUACAGAUAUCAUCAGAGGACUUGGCAGCAAUAAAUGGAUCCAGCAAAACCUUCAAUGCCUUGUCUUGAACUCACUAACUCUCUCCUUGGAAGACCCAUAUGAAAGGUGCUUCAGUCAGUUGUCUGGGCUUCGUGCUUUGAGCAUUACCAAUGUUCUCUUCUACAAUGAAGACUUAGCAGACGUUGCUUCACUUCCAAGGUUAGAAAGUCUAGAUAUAUCUAAUACCUCUGUCACAGACAUAACUGCACUCCUCACCUGCAAAGAUCGACUGAAAUCUUUGACCAUGCACCAUCUGAAAUGCUUGAAAAUGACGACUACGCAAAUUUUGGAUGUCAUAAGAGAACUGAAGUAUCUGAAUCACCUUGAUAUUUCAGAUGAUAAACAGUUCACAUCAGAUAUAGCACUCCGUUUACUAGAACAAAAAGAUAUCUUGCCUAACCUUGUGUCUUUGGACAUUUCUGGAAGAAAGCAUGUUACGGAUAAAGCCGUAGAAGCAUUUAUUCAACAGCGGCGAACAAUGCAGUUCGUGGGAUUGCUAGCCACUGAUGCUGGCUACUCUGAAUUUCUUACAGGAGAAGGACACUUAAAGGUGUCUGGGGAAGCAAACGAAACUCAGAUUUCAGAAGCGCUAAAGCGGUACAGCGAGCGGGCGUUCUUUGUGAGGGAAGCGCUCUUCCAUCUGUUCAGUCUGACGCAUGUGAUGGAAAAAACAAAGCCUGAAAUUUUAAAGCUUGUAGUCAUUGGAAUGAGAAAUCACCCUCUGAACUUGCCAGUACAGUUAGCAGCAAGUGCAUGCGUGUUUAACUUAACCAAGCAAGAUUUAGCAGCGGGCAUGCCUGUCCGAUUACUGGCUGACGUCACUCAUUUACUCCUCAAGGCCAUGGAGCACUUUCCCAACCACCAGCAGUUGCAAAAGAAUUGCCUUCUUUCACUGUGCAGUGACAGGAUCCUUCAAGACGUUCCAUUUAACAGGUUUGAAGCAGCAAAGCUUGUCAUGCAGUGGCUGUGUAACCAUGAAGAUCAGAAUAUGCAGAGGAUGGCAGUGGCUAUAAUCUCCAUUCUAGCUGCAAAGCUUUCAACUGAGCAAACAGCUCAACUUGGUGCAGAGCUUUUUAUUGUUAGGCAACUUUUACAAAUAGUAAAGCAGAAAACAAAUCAGAACCUUGUGGAUACCACACUCAAAUUUACAUUGAGCGCGCUUUGGAAUCUCACUGAUGAAUCUCCAACCACAUGUCGACACUUCAUUGAAAAUCAAGGGCUAGAACUCUUCAUGAGAGUCCUGGAGUCUUUUCCAUCAGAGUCCUCUAUCCAGCAGAAAGUUCUUGGCCUUCUGAACAACAUAGCAGAAGUGAAGGAGCUCCAUUCAGAACUAAUGUGGAAGGACUUCAUAGAUCACAUCAGCAAGCUGUUGCACAGUGUGGAGGUGGAAGUCAGUUAUUUUGCAGCUGGGAUUAUUGCUCACUUGAUAUCUAGAGGAGAGCAGGCUUGGACAUUGAGUCGCAGCCAAAGGACAUCUCUUCUUGAGCAGCUGCAUUCAGCUAUUUUGAACUGGCCAACCCCAGAAUGUGAGAUGGUGGCUUACAGGUCUUUCAAUCCUUUUUUCCCUCUGCUUGGCUGUUUCAUGACACCCGGGGUUCAGUUAUGGGCAGUAUGGGCCAUGCAGCACGUUUGCAGCAAGAACCCUGCCAGGUACUGCAGCAUGUUAAUUGAAGAAGGAGGAUUGCAGCACUUGUACAACAUCAAGGAAAACAUUCAGACUGAUCCAGAUGUCCAGCGAAUUGCCAUUGCCAUUUUAGAUAGUUUAGAAAAACAUAUUAUGCGCCAUGGAAGGCCACCCCCAUGUAGAAAGCAGCAGCAAGCCAAACCAAACUGAAGGCUGCUGGUAUCGGUGUGUAAACUAUCCUCUCUGUAAUAAUCCUUUGACGUGUGUGUAGUUGGAGUAACUUGUACUAUAGCGGUCACCAUUAAAGUUAUUUACCAGCAGUUGUGGUACUCAAUACCACAUGUGGUAACCAUUGGUGAAUGUCAACUUUAAUGCAACUGCAGUAUGCAACAUGUAAGAGGAGCUAGGAUCACUGCUUGAGCUGGUCAUACCUAUAGGAUUUCUGCAGGCUACAAAGAGGUGGAACAUAUACAGGUUGGAAUGUACAUCAGCACCAGACAUUGAGGAAUAUCUUGUUGUGUGACUUGACUUCUGGGACAGACGGUCACUUCAUCUCUGCGAUUGCUGUUUAUAGGACUGUUUACCAACAUGGUGUUUGAAUAGAACUGUUUGUGAUUGUGGCAUUCAACACUCUUGCAGCUUCAUACAAAAAUUCAUGCAUGCACACAUUAAAAUGAUGCUAUAACUAAGGCGACCAGAAUGUCCUGUUAAGCUCUCUUCAAUCCCAAGUCUUCAAAACUCCUUUUCCUGUUGCCAUCAAGCUGUGCUCUUUGUGUCUCUAGAACCAGACUGUUGUUUCUUGCAGCUGUUGGCCUCCCCUGACUCCUCCAGGCUCCAUCAACAAAGUUAGGAUCAACACUAUCCCCCUCUUUGCAUUGGGAGAAGAGGAGAAGUGGAACUAACUGCUGGAGCAGAGCAACGGAAGUAAGCAGGAAAGGGAAGAGAUGGGAAAUGUGAAGCAGAUACGCUGAGUUUUUACAUUUUGAAAUUGAGGAAGUCUUCUUUGUUCUUUAAAGAAGUGAGGAAAUGAGGGGUCUCCCCAGUUCCACUCAGCAAGAAAGAUGAAACAAGACAGCCCUUCUCAGCACUUGGGACUGCAAAUCCUAACAGAAGGGCCCAGGUGUUUGGUCACCUUACUUAUAACAGGCUGUUUUUCUUUGCCGUUUCCUGUAAAUACUUGGUUAGUAUUGUGCAAUGACUUAUUCCCAAGGCAUCACAGUGCAAACUGUUGGCCAACAUUGUAUGCAAGGCCCUGUGUCAAUCGCAUUGUGCGUGGAGUGUGAAUUUUACAUAAAGCUGUUUAAUUGUAAAAAA